AUGGAUUCCUUCCCUAUCCUGACUGCUCUAUUCCUCAUGACCGCCGCAACAUGGUUGAUCUCUUUCCGGCGCCGGAAGAGCCUCCCGCCCGGGCCAACACCCCUCCCCAUCUUCGGGAACAUGCUGCAGCUCGGGUCCAAACCCUACGAGACAUUCGCUGAAUUAUCGAAGCAAUACGGCUCUCUGAUGUCCAUCCAGCUCGGGAGCGUGUAUACCGUGGUGGUCUCCUCCCCGGAGAUGGCCAAGGAAAUCUUGCUAAAACACGCGGAGGUAUUCUCCAGUCGAAACAAGGUGCAGGCGCUGGAGGAGUGCGACCACAACCAGAACUCCAUGGGGUUUCUUCCCAUGGGGGACAAGUGGCGCGACAUGCGGAAAAUAAGCACGGAGCAUAUUUACUCGAGGCAGAGCAUGGAGAGAAGCCAGGAGCUCCGCAAGGAGAAGCUGCAGCAGCUGCUCGACCACGCCCAGAAAUGCUUCGAGGAAGGCAGGGCCCUUGAUUUCACCGAGGCCUCAUUCAUCACCUCUACCAACGUCAUGUCCGCCAUUCUGUACUCCAAGCAGGACACCGAGUUCGACUCCACGGCCACCAAGGAAUUCAGGGAGACCGUAUAUAUCGCCGGCACUGUCCAUGGCCUGCCUAACUAUGCCGACUAUUUCCCCAUCUUGAGGCCGUUCGACCCGCAGGGGGUGAAGCGCCUGGCGAAAGUUUACUUAGGCAGAGUGUUGGGUCAAAUGGAGGGGCAUCUCCGUGAGAGGAUCCAAAUAAAAAACCAGAAUCCCAAUGGUCCUAAGAAGAAUGACUUCGUGGAGAUGGUUGUGGAUUCUCUUCAGGCCAAAGAUAACAAGUUGACGCUUGAAAGCUACACCCAUCUCAUGAUGGAUUUGUACACUGGAGCAUCAGUGAUGAACACGGGCGGGAUGGAGAGGAUAAUGAAAGAGCUAAUAUCGCACCCGGACAAAAUGGCAAAGUUGAAGGCGGAGCUAAAGAGCGUGAUGGGGGACGAGAAGGUGGUGGAUGAUUCAAAGAUGUCGAAGCUUCCGUAUCUGCAAGCAGUGGUGAAGGAGGCGAUGCGGUUCUACCCUCCGAUCGUUUUGGUUAACCGCCAAGCAGAGAGUGACCUAGUGGUGAAUGGGUACCUCAUCCCCAAGGGAACACGGGUGCUAAUCAACUUGUGGGGUAUGGGAAGGGACUCCAAUAUCUGGGACAAUCCGCUUUUAUUUGAGCCGGAACGCUUCCUCGAUCAAAAGAUAGACUUCAAAGGCCAGGAUUACAAGCUGAUUCCAUUCGGGUCGGGAAAAAGGAUCUGCCCGGCUAUGUCCUUCUCCAGCUGGGUUAUGCAUACACUGCCGGCCACGCUGAUUCACAACUUCAACUGGAAACUAGAGCCGCAGGAUGCAAGCGAUAAGGAAGCAAAGGGUAUGUGGAAUGGGCUUCCGACGGGCAUGGCGCCACCGCUCAAGAUCGUCCCAUAUAAGGAAUGAAAUGAUAUGUCCACUUCGAUGACUUUUUAUAUUUGCACUCUGCCAAUAAUAACUCUAUAUAAGUCAUGAUGUUUCCACUCUAUUUGAAUUCGUGUAU